AUGUCAUUGACCAGGCCUUGGACCAAUGCACUGCAGGUUGCACAGCCUGUAGCACAUAUCGUGCUUGUCAUGUACAUGGUACAUGCGAGUUAUGUAAAAAAGCGCAUUCGUAUAUGCCUCGGCAUGGAACGUCAGGUUUUCCUGGAUGAUCAUGAAGACGGCGGUGAUGGUGCUGGUUUGCCAGACCAGUUGCUGCCUCAACCGGUCGUUGUGGCGCAGCGUGAGCGAUACUCUCGUGCGGUGCGUGUGGUCAUGUUGGUCAUUGCAGCCUCUUUCGUUGUUUCAGGUGCGCUCGUUGCGGCUCAAGCCGUUUUGCCACCACGAACAUGGUUACCAUCCAUGGCGCCAUGGCACAUGGUCCUCGUUCAGGCUCUGGGUGGUCUUGUUGCUUGGUGUGUCAUCGCACUUGCUGCAUUACGUGAGGAACGUAGGCAUGGUGCAGGAAAAUUGCGCCGAUCUCGGCUCAUCGUCACCAUUCUGCUUGGUGUAGCGAUGGAUUUGGCACAGGCCAUUUGGCAUGUUCAGCAUCGCUCCAAGUCAACGGAAUCUUUUGUCUGGGCACAGCUUCAAGUGGCUAUUCUCGGUGUACGGCUACUUCUUCUAUACCCAGUCUUAGCGUAUGUUUCCCUACACGAGCGGGUGCAGUAUUUGCCUCUGACGGCACAUACUUCGACUGUGGACACGGAAACAGAGCACAUGGCGAACUAUCCAGAUGGAUCAGCAUCGGCUGCUGCGUCAGGAUCGGCAUCUUCAGCAUCUAUGGGCUCUCUGGUCAAUCGUAUCCGUGUGCUUGGUCCUUACCUGUGGCCAUCUAACUCACCACGUCUGCAAUGCCUUGCCGUAUUGUGCAUAGGCUUGUUGCUGCUGGGUCGAUUUGUGAAUCUGCUUGUGCCCAUAGCAUUGGGUCGCGUGGUUGAGUCUCUUAGCGCAAAGUCGGAUCCGUGGAUGCCUAUCGUAAUCUUCGCCACACUGAAAGUAUUCCAGGGCUCUGGUGGCCUUCUCGCUGUCGCACAAAACCUAUUAUGGUAUCCUAUUUCGUGGUACUCAGACAUGAACAUGAGCCGACUCAUGUUUGACCGUGUGUUGAAUCUGUCGAUGUCUUACCAUACGCGCCGUAAGACUGGUGAGCUGAUUCGCACGUUAGACCGUGGCACGGCGCUCAACAACUUUUUUGAGUACCUUCUAUUCUCUCUAUCGCCCGUGUUCGUCGACAUCUUUGUUGCCAUCGUGUAUCUUUCAUGGUCAUUUGGUCCGGUUAUCGGCGCGAUCCUCCUCGUCAUUAUGUCCUUGUACACAUACUGCAGUAUUCGCGUAACGACGUGGCGCACGAAGCUUCGCCGCGAAGUGAACAGCAGAGACUCGGCAUGCAAGGCGAUUACUACUGACAUGUUGUUGAACUAUGAGACAGUCAAGAGCUAUGGAAAUGAGUCUUACGAGUCGGAGCGCUUUGCUGCAGCCCUCGUUCAUUAUCGUGAGGCAGCCUAUCAGGUAGUGCUGAGUCUCAACAUGCUGAAUCUGAUGCAGAAUCUCAUUCUUGCUUUCGGCACUCUAUUCUCUGUCCUAGCUGUUGCUUAUACUGUUGUGUUGGGCCGUGCAACACCAUCACAGUUCGUCGUAUUUGUGUCGUAUCUCCAGCAAGUGUAUUCUCCCCUCAGCAUGCUUGGCACUUUGUAUCGUGUUGUGAAUCAGAACCUUGUUGAUACCGACAAACUUAUGGAGCUACUGAACGAAGACGUGGACAUCAGAGAUGUGCCUGGUGCUCAAGAUAUUCGAGUGACUCGCGGCGAGAUUACAUUUGACAACGUGCAUUUCUCAUACGAUACAAACCGUGUUCAUGCACUGAAUGGCAUGUCAUUCCAUAUCAAUGCGCACCAACGUGUUGCGUUAGUUGGUGAGAGUGGAUCUGGUAAAUCUACUAUCCUUAAGCUGCUAUACCGCUUCUACGACAUCACACAUGGUCGCAUCUUGAUCGAUGGACAAGAUGUACGUGAUGUUACGCAGCAGAGCCUCCGAAAAGCAAUCGGCAUAGUUCCGCAAGAGCCAUCCCUCUUCAACAUGGACAUUCGCGAAAACAUUAGGUAUGGUGACAUCCAUGCGUCAGACGAAGCUGUUGAGGCGGCAGCCCGAGCUGCACAGAUUCACGACCGGAUUCUCGAGUUCCCGGACGGCUAUGAUACAGUUGUUGGCGAACGUGGCGUGCGUUUGAGCGGAGGUGAAAAGCAGCGCGUCGCUAUUGCGCGAACAAUCCUAAAAAAUCCCCCGUUACUUCUUCUGGAUGAAGCUACCUCUGCUCUAGACAGCCACACGGAGCGCCUCCUCCAGACUGCUUUGCACACACUGAUGCAUGGUCGCUCAUCAUUGACAAUUGCACAUCGUCUCUCGACGAUUGUUGACUCAGACUUGAUUCUCGUUGCUGAUCGAGGCCAAAUAAUCGAAUCUGGCACUCAUACGGAACUGAUGAACAAGGGUGGCAAGUACAGUCAGUUGUGGCUUCAGCAGAGCAAGACACAGGCAGAGCAGGAAGCUCUGACUUGUUCAAAGCAAGGAGCUACUCCUGAACCAAAACAUUCGCAGGGCGUUGUGCUAAUCGGAGAGUCGGAUGCGUCACAAGGCGCGGAGCAAGACACGAAUCAGGCCGUCCAUCCAAGUGCGCCUCAAAACCAGGCAUAUGAGGCCCCGUCUCCAAACAAGGAACUAUCCAAAAAUGCUCAUGAGUCGUCAUCGUCUGGAGGUGCCCCUACUGGAGAGGAAACUGCUUCAUCUAACAACGCUCUAUCCGUCGAACAGGUUUCACAAGGUAAAGAGACUGCACAGGCCACAGACAAUCUCCCAUCGGAAGGAACCGCAUCUGACGCAGCCCCACCGACCGAAGCAACGUCUUCGGCCACGCCGCACAACGUUAACCCCUCCUCGUCUUCGCAAGCGUCCAAGCGUCAUUCAUCGUCGAGCAAGAACCGCAAGAAGCAUCGCAGACGUCGCCGCUAG